AUGGACUACGUCCAACACAGGGUAGUCCAAGAGGCUGCAAAGGAAGCAUCGAGCAUCAGCACGCCCUUCACGCCCCUCAACAUCAUCCUCCUCUCUGUCGUCUUCUACACUGCCUACUCGACUUUUUCGCGCUCCAAUACGGCACCACCUAUCGCCCGCGGCCCUCCCCCCAAAGUAUUUCGCACCUAUACUCCGAGAACCCUCCUCCCAUUCAACGGCGAGAACGGCCAGCCCAUCUUCUUCGCCGUCCGCGGACGGGUUUUUGACGUCAGCAACGGCCGCAACUUCUACGGUCCUGGAGGUCCGUACUCGAACUUUGCAGGUCGCGAUGCCAGCCGAGGCUUGGCGUGCCAUAGUUUCGACACGGAUAUGCUGACUGAAGACUUGGACGGGCCGUUGGACACUCUGGAGGGUUUGGGUCCCAAUGAGAUGGAGGCACUGCAGGGCUGGGAAGAGACGUUUACUGGCAAAUAUGACAUAGUUGGCAAGCUUGUAUCAGUUGCGGAUUACAACACUACCAAGGCGGCGGAAGCAGCGCAGUAA